UCCAUCCAUGGCCCAUGGGCCAGCAUCCUAGUUGCCUCAUCUCCUCUCUAUCUCUCUAUGUCCACCCUGCAGCGAAAGGUGUGGGUGUGACGCACGGCCCAUCCGCCGAGAUGAACCACGUCAAGUCGGCUCUUCUCUCAGGCCACCGCCCGCACCGUCUCGCGGCGGCGGCGCCGCAGCAGCUGGCGGCCACCGCGUCGUUCCACUCCACGCCUCCCCUGCAGCGGAAGCGCAAGACCCAGUGGCAGCACAGGUUCAAUUUUUAUGCAAAACGCAGGAGAAAUAGAGACACAAAAAGAACAAUGAUACGGAAUAUGUCUGAGUAUGCGGAGCAGCUCUUCAAUAGUUGGCGUGAUGAAGAUGAGAAAAAAGACGCAUCUAGUGGACCUUCAUGGUUUAGAGGACAUCGUUGGGUCAGAGAUUCGAGGAAUAAUGGUUUCCGUCCACAUGAGUUUUUUUACGAUACUGUCAAAAGCAGGGGGGGAUUUGAGUUUUGCACAAGCGAUGAUGAUGAUGAACCAGAGACUGUUUUUCGCAAUGCUUUUCGUGGGAACCAGCACACAUAUUAUUGGUCUUUUGAAUCUGAUGAUUUUCCAAGGAGGAAUUCAAGACGUUCUCAUUCAGAAAGUUCCGGACACUGGAGUUAUGAAACAGACGACGAGGGCGAAAUAUCCACCCAGACAGAGGUAUCUGUGGCGCGUCAGGCUCUUGGAUUGAGUACUUCUGGCCCACUAAAACUCGAAGAUGUUAAAAGCGCAUACCGGACGUGUGCACUUAGAUGGCAUCCAGAUCGUCAUCAUGGCUCAUCGAAGGCUACUGCAGAGGAGAAAUUCAAACGUUGCAGUGCAGCAUACCAGACUCUGUGUGAUAGUUUGGCUACUGCAUAAUAAUGUGAUAAGAAUAUCCGAGCUACAUUAGUUCCUUCCACCAGCAGACAUCAACUUCGUAACUGCAAAUUCUGGAGGCCUACCACUUGCAGACCAACUUCUUAUCUGCAGAUUCUGCUGUGCACAAGCCAAAAUGCCAAAAAUUGCUUGGCUCUCUAAAGGAAUUGGCUCAAGCCAAAAUUGAUCAGAUAAUGUCAAAGUACUGUACCAUGUAACAUCUCUAAACUAGUCAUUGAUUUAUUUUUAGAGACAGGACAUUAUUAUACCACUCAGGAUUUUGUGGUGGCUGGGUUAUCUCACCCCAAUAUAGUCAGUUUAAUUGAAUGUUUUGGUAUUUUUUGUGCUUAGUAAACAGUUGAGUUUAACAAGGAGUUAUAUAGUCCUUCAUAUACUAUC